AUGAAGCUUCCCAUGACUGUGAUAGUUGUUCGCAGUGACUUCAAGGUGACUGUUCACAUACAAACACAUGUGCUGACCGUCCAGGUUCCUGAGAUUACAGAAGAAAGCAAUUUUUCUCCAAAAGCCAGCACCAGUAAGCUGCCAACAGAUGCAUCUCCCGACUCCAAAUGCCCCAUCUGCCUGGAUAGAUUUGACAACGUUGCAUAUCUAGAUCGCUGCUUGCACAGGUUCUGCUUCUACUGUGUCCAGGAAUGGUCAAAAAACAAAGCAGAGUGCCCACUCUGCAAGCAGCCCUUUUUUUCCAUUUUCCAUACGAUUCGUGCUGAAGAUGACUUCAAGGAGUACAUCCUCAGCCCUUUAGAAACUAGCUCCUUUGCCAGCCCCGAUGGCCGGAGAUUUCGUUACCGCACUACCUUAACGCGGGAGCGCCGCGCGCGCAGUUCCCCUUCCCGGCGGAUGCUGUCCCCUCCAGAUAACGGGAUGCUGUUUGAAGGGUUGUCGAGUGAGCCGCCGCGCCGGAGACACAGAGAGAUUCAGCAGAUGAUCAGGAGGCUGGCCUCAAGGAGAAAGGCCAGCGCAGAGGGCAGAUCUCUGCGACAGAUCCAGGAGGAGGACAUGAUCAGCUUCCGCAGGGCUCUGUACCGCACCGGCGUGCGCAUCCGCAGCAUUCAGGACGGUGGCCGCUAUCGAGAGAUUUCGGCAGAGUUCUUCCGCCGCAACCCUGCUUGCCUGCACCGCUUGGUUCCUUGGCUGAAGAGGGAACUUACAGUCCUGUUUGGUGCCCACGGAUCUCUGAUCAAUAUUGUGCAGCACAUAAUCAUGAGUAACGUAACUAGGUACGAUCUGGAAAGUCAGGCCUUUGCUGAUGAUUUAAAGCCAUUUUUGCUGAAUCGGACUGAACACUUCCUGCAUGAAUUCAUCAGUUUUGCUCGUUGUCCUUUUAACUUAGAAGCAUAUGAUCAGCAUGCCAAUUAUGACUGUCCUGCACCAUCGUACGAGGAAGGAAGCCACUCAGACUCCUCGAUUAUUACAAUAUCUCCGGAUGUGGUGUACCCACAAGGGCCAGAUACUAGUCUGUCUGUACCUGGUCUUGGCCAGGCUCCCUGGGAUGAUGAAACUCCAGGGCCUUCCUAUUCCAUUUCAGAAGAGGUUCGUGCAACCAUAGCUUCUCCUCUGGAGUCCUCAGAAAGUUCUGAUGAGGACUCUGCUUCAGGGAGUCGGAGAACCAAACUGCAAACUGGCUUACAGGCUCAUGCUGACUCAAACGACAGUGGCUCUUCCUCAGACAAUUGUGUCAUUGUUGGGUAUGUUAAGCCAUUAGCUGAGAGAACCCCAGAAGUGGUUGAGCUGUCCUCUGACUCUGAGGAGUCCAUCAAGGAAGAGAAAAGGGAAGAUGUCAAGAAACAGCUACCAGUCCAGUGUCACAGCUGGAGUGACAGUGAACCAAGUAGGAGCUUCUCACCCCAUUCCCAAGAUACAGGGAGGAUGUAG